AUUGAGUCAAUGAGUUGUGAUUGAGUUGUGAAUGAGUUGUGACUGCAAUCACACCACCGAUGAUGUCGUCCCCUGUGUUGACCACAAACAAUGAUCCCCGAAGAGCUGAUAAGAUCCAGAGAUAUAAGGCGGCACCGAUCGGGAGUGGAAGUGCUGGUGACGACCCUCUGCCGGACUAUAUGAACGUGUUGUCGAUGUUGCUGUCGAUGUGUGGUCUGAUGAUCAAGCUCAAAUGGAGUGCAUGGCUCGCACUGUACUGCUCGGCCGUCUCCUUCACCAACUGUCGCAUCAAUGAUGACACCAAACAGAUCCUGUCCUCAUUCAUGCUGUCCAUCUCAGCGGUGGUCAUGUCAUACCUCCAGAACCCGCAGCCAAUGACUCUUCCCUUCACUAAUUAGUCGACACUUUCAUUGAUUUGAUAUUAAGUUUUAUUAAUAAAUAAAAUUAUAUUCAGAGAUAACUUAUAUUUAAAGAGCAAUUGAUAACUGAAUGAAAUGAAUGAGGAAAUGGUUAACAAUUAGUAUAGUUUCCUGUAUUCAACUCAAACUUAACAUCGUUUUGAGGACAAAUCAAUAUUUGCUAAGAAGACAAUUGUCUCUUAACACAAAUCCCAUUCCCUUUUGGCAAUACCGUACAUAAUGUAUAUUUAAUCGGAAAUUAUUUAAUAACUUAAUUGUAAAGUUAAUGAUUAAAACAAUCUUAUAAGUG